CUCCCGAAGAGCUCCGGCCAGCGCGCCCGCGGGGGGCCCGCAUCCUUACUCGAUCGGUCUUGCCUGCAAGCAGAAGCUCCCGAGCGUGGGGCCCGGCGGGAGAGAGCCGCCCUCGCCGCGGCGGGAACCUUGAGAGACGCGGGUCAGUGCCAACGGGGGUCGGCCAGAGCGCCCGAUCUUGCAGGAUCCUGCAGGGCCGGAGGCGCAUUGACCCGGGCUGGGGUGCCGAAUCUUGAAGGUUCCUGCAGAUCCUUCGCGCUGACCCGGGCUUGGGUGCAGGAUCUUGCAGGAUUCGGCAGGGCCUGGCUGGCCCGGGCCUGGACUGGCCCCGGGCCAGCAUGCAGACCCCCGACUCGUCUCGGCGGGCCCUGCUCCGAGAUGUGGCGGACGGACCUGGACCCGGAGCGGCGGGCGGACGCGUGGAGGGCGAUCCUCGUGGGCGGCCUCGGCGUGCAGUCCCGGGCCGUGCAGGACGCGUACCACGGCCUGGGCCAGGCGCCAUCCUCGUACGACGACGUGAUCCGGCGCGACCUCGGGCGCACGUUGCCCCAGGAGGCCCUCUUCCGGGACAGGGCCGGCAAGGGCCAGAGCGCGCUCUUCCGCGUUCUGCACGCGCUGGCGCUGCACCUGUCGGACAUCGGCUACGUGCAGAGCCUCAAUUUUGUGGUCGCGACCUUGAUCGGCGUGUUCCCCGACGACGAGGCUCUGGUCUUCCACUGUGCCCAGGCGCUGCUGUUCCGGUACUCGCUGGCCGACUUCUACAGGCCCCGCUUCCCGAAGCUCGGCGUCACCACUUGGCAGUUCGAUCGCUUGGUGGAGUGCUUCAUUCCACGCGUGCACGGCGGACUGCAGAGGCACGGCGUCACCGCCGAGUACUACGCGGUGCAGUGGUUCCUGACCCUCUUCGCGAGCGACCUCGCGCAGACGCUGGUCCGCCGCAUCUGGGACCGUUUCCUCUUGACCGGCUGGGAGGUGAUUGCGCAGGUGGGCCUGGCGUUGCUCUACGAAGUCCAGGAUUCGCUCUUGGCCUUCGACGGCUGCGAGGUGCUGACGUUCCUGAAGCGCUUCGCGCGCGCGCGGAAGUUCGAGGCCGAGAGGCUGCUCUGCGUUGCGUCGGGCUUCCAGGUCACCCACCGGAUGCUGUCCGACCUGGAGGCCGCCUACGCCUCGGGCGGCGCUGACGAAGUGGAGCUGGCGGCCGAGAAGAACCUGGACACUGGCCACACGAGCUGGCGCGUGCGCCGUCGGCCCGACCCUGUGCCGGAGCGGCGCCUGCUCGAAGGUGAAGGCGGCGCCGACGACUUCAUGCCGCAGGCCCUCGGGCGGCCCGGCCGCGAAGAGAAAGCACUCCAGGGCAACGUGCUGCCGUUCAUGGUCCACAACCUGGACACUGGGGAGACCACGGUGAUGGAGGACGAGUGGGCCCAGUUCGUGACGGAGAGAGAGGAGGCUGCCCCGAGGGGCUCCGGUGGUGCCGGGUCUCCCCGGCGCGGGCAGUCCGAGAGGGUGGCCGGCGGCAGCUUCUGGUCAGCGGGCCAGCAGCAGCAGGCGCUGAGAAUAUUGGGCCAUGCCUGACGCGUCCACUGCACGCAAGUGGCUUUCACAUCGCUAUGCCUAGCGUCACGCCGUCGCGCCCCAAAAGGGGCAGCGUCUGCGGCUCGGCGCUCCGCUGAGGCGGCCUUCGUUGGAGCGGGGAUGGAGUUCGUAGCGGAGCUAUGCCCUGGGGCAUGAAUACGGCUUAUUCUGGAAUACUCUGACUUCUCCGCCAGGGCUUUUGAGAGUACAACACAAAAGCGAUGUCGGCGUGGUAGUCCAUGGAGCGCUUGGUGUUG